CGGAUGCAAAACCAGACCACGCCAGAGAAGCUGCAGCAGGGCUUCUAAAGAGGAACGCCAGCAGUGAGGAUGACUUAGCGUUGGGAGUCGAAGCAUCUUUAUUUGGUAAACAGGGAGUGAGGACCGUCCAGGAAUUUCUGAGGAGUUCCAGGUCCAACCCAAUUCUCACCAGGUGGAACAGCUUGACCUCAGCCUUCUCAGCACAGUCAGCUCCACUCAGUGUAAUGGAUGUGCUGAAUCUGUGGAGUGAUGACCCAGAGGAGGUCCUACUAGAUCUGGGCUUCGGCUGUGACGAGCCUGACAUCUCUGGACGGAUCCCAGCCCGCUUCAUCAACAACCAGUCCAGCGCCCGGGGAAUCAACAUCCAGGUGUUCCUGGACGCCCAGAAGAACCGCAUGGACAUAGAGAACCCUGAUGUCAGCAAUAGGUUCAGGCAGUUGGAGGUGCUGCAGCAGGUUACCACUGCGUUCUCAUCCCUGGUUGGUGGUGCGUCUACAGACUCCCUCUCCGAGAGCGGAGUUCCAGCUUUAGCUUCAGCCGAGGCCAGAGAGAAGAGGAAGAGGAUGGGCAUGCUGCUCCGCCGGGUCUCCAGAAAAACCCUCAGUCAGACCCAGUUUCAGACCCAAAUCCAGACCCAGGACUCCCAGGACACAAACCCAACUCCCCACAGUCCCGUAGCCCACUUACAGCAGCCCCUGGCCGGCAUCCCUGACAGGCGGACACCGCUGAAACGAGCCAGACAAGGCCUGGCUGAGAGUAUAUGUCUGACCCCACUGGCAGAGGAGCAAGGCCUAGCCUCGGAAGCACCAGAGCCCCACUUGGUCCCCCAGGAGGGUGCGCUCAGGCUGGAGGUGGUGAAGGAGUAUCAACCCCUGAUCUCCAGUGGUAUUCCAACCAGAAAGAAAAGUCCUGGGGAGGCCAGGGAGUCCUUUGAGAUGGAGGAGAUCCAGAGCUUUGAUGAGGGCAGUAUUUCUGGGAGCUACAUGGGAGCAUCUGACACCACAGCAGUGUGUGUGAUGAGGACUAACAGCUGCCAGUCUGACAGCAGUGGUUUCCUGGAAGAGCCCUUCAUCCCGUCCAUUACCCCGCAUCCCUCACCUGGACCCGAGCUCAUGAAGGCUUUGUCGGGAAUAUCUGGAGGCAGCACUGACAGCCAGAUCACUGUAAAAGGAGCUUCACCCCCCUCGUCCCCCCCAUCCACUUCCCUGGACCCUUCCCCUCCUUCCCUCACCACGUGCCACCCAAGACCAGAGUCUCCUCUAUACAGACCAGAGACAACAAGCCCUACAGAGGAGACACCCAGACACCAGGAUUCCCCCACACCCCACUCCCUCCUCUCUGAUGCCUUGGAGAUGACUAACUCUGCUUUUGGAGCCAGGCCAAGCCUAAUGGAAAACACUGUCACUGAGGAAGAUGGAUUCUCUUCGGCCUGCGGUGCACCUUGUCAUAAGCCAGACUCUCCGUUACGGAACGUUAUUAUUAUCAUGAAAACCGAUAAAGAAACAGAACACUUUACUCUGGAAUCAGAGGAAGCUGUUCCAAUAGGAGGAAAGGAAAAGGCCAUAGCGGAACAAAGUGGCAAUGUUCAGACAGGAACAGAGGCUGUUGGUGAUCAGGACACCGAUUGUUAUGGGUCACAUGAAGGCUCUCUGAUGGACUCGGUGGCUCUAGUGCAGAUGAAGAAAGAGGUGAAGACGGAAGUACAGAUUAGUUUUGGUUUGGAAGGUCCAGUGUUGGGUCCUGUUGCUGUUGGUGAGGUGGUGGAUCAAGGCUCUGAGACUGGAUCUGUUUGUCAGGACCGGUCCUCUGAAGAUCCUCUAUUAGGAUCUGACCCUAACCUCUCAGCAGUGCUAAGCCCUGCCUCCUCUCUCCCCCCAGCAGAACCUCUCUCUGCCUCCUCUCUCCCCCCAGCAGAGCCUCUCUCUGCCUCCUCCCCUCCAGUGCACUGGGAAACAGGUGGCUCAGAGAUUUCAGAGGGAUCCUCAAGCUUGGUUGUCCAAGAGCCUGUCCCACCACUAUAUCAACCAGCAAACCCACCUCCAGGCCCAGCUUUAACCUCACCUUCAGAGCAAGUGUCACCUCCAUCUCCACCAUCAUCUCCAUCCUCAGCCUCUUCCCCACCACCAUCUCCAGCCUCAUGCCCACACCAACCUCCAGCCUCAGCUUUUCCGGCAGCAUCCAGCUCAUCUCCAACCCAAGCCCAUUCCCCAAUCCAAAACCAUUCUCUAUCAGCCCUAACCACAACACCAACCCCAUCCUCAAUUCCAAACUCACCAUCAGCCCAUUCCUUAACCGUAGCUCCAUCUCAAGCCCCAACCCCACUCGUCCCCCACAGUGGUGGUUUCAGGUCAGGCCGGUCUGUGUCUGUCCAGAUGCCCUCCUCCCUGCCCUCUGUCUCCCACUCUGCCCUCCGGAGAGGUGGCGUCCCCCACACCCCCUCCCCGCUCGGCCCUUCCUUCGAGCCCCGCCCCCUGACUGACCUGACGCUCCGGCAGAGGCGGAACUCCUUCUCCAGGAAGGCGUGGUCAGAUGCUGAUGUCUCCCACUUUGCAGAACACAGAAACACUGCGGUUGCCAUGGGAAAGGCAGUCAUGACACCUGAGACGAUAUCCCUCCCGUCCCCCUGCCCCUCCCCCUCCCUGUCAUCGUCCAAUCGGUGGCUGUCUCGCGACGGUUCACGGAGAUCUGGAAGUUUCCAGAUGAAGUCCACCUCCUUGGACACGGGGCUGUGGCAGGAGGAAGAGGGGGAAGAAGUGGGGGAUGAGGAUAGACGGUGGGAACGAGCCCUGUUCUCUGGGCUUUCCUGCUGCUGCUCCUGUGAUCACCGCUGUAGCUGCUGUUCUCAGAACAAUUGCCUCAAACCGUCCUCCGUUUCAGCUUUCCCUUAUUCCCUGGAUGAGCUGGAGGGGAUGAUGCACUGUAUGAGGAAGUUCCGCUGUGUCCUGACAGACAUCGAGGAACAGCUGUCAGAAGACCAGGCCUCGGUGUACAGCUCACUCUCUGACACUGACAGAGAGGAGGUGCGAGACAUCUUGGAGCUGAGGAAAGCUGUGAAACAGGAAGCAGGAGAGUUGGAACUUCAGCUCACUGACCUGGUUCAUCGCUAUGACGACAGCUUCAAAAUGAAGAUGCACAGACUACUCGAUGAACAAUCUCACCUCUACACCCAGCUAAGGCUCCUCCCACUGAUCCCCACGACCACAUCCACCCCUGGCUCCGCCUCCUCCAGGAGCAUGGCCACUCAGUGCUGCCUGCUGCCCUGGCUGCCUUUGACGGACAUGUCCAGGCCACGCCCCUCAUCGCAGGCCACCUGGGAUUUGGAGUCCAGAUCAACUCUGCCAGAUUCCAGUUCUAUGGGCCAGAGGCUAAAACAUGGUUCUACAGGCACCAAGCCAGACAAACUGGACAUUGUGGGUUUCAUCCAGAGACUGAAGGAGUCCAUACGCCACUCUGUCAAUACUGACUCACUGGAGUAAAAGAGAGGUGGGGUAGCCCUGACUGACAGAUCUAGGCCGGGAUUCAAUCCUAGCGUUUCAUAGGGCAGCGUACUAUACAGGCGACAAUUUGCCUUUCAAAGGCAUUUUCCCUGACGUUCGCAGAGAUCGCGUUCAUGGUAAACGCUGUGCAUGUCGGCUCAGACGUAAAUUACCUUUAAAAGUCUUAUAAUAGUGCUCUGCUCUGUAACACGUCUUUGCGUGAAUACCAGACCUAUACUCUCUAAACUUUACUGAAAAAAACACUGCCUGUGUUCUCAUCAAACCGUGUGUUGUUUUUUUGUCUUACAGAUGCUGCUUCUGCUGUAGCUAACUGAAGAUGAUCUGCUGUCUAAGUUAUAGUGUGUCCAAUCAACCUGGACUCGGGUAGAUGUAACAUAAUAAACGUAAAUCUGUCUCCCUCCAUUUCGUAUGAUAUGUUAGGUGUGGUAAGGUAUGUAUUUCUUUGUGGAUGUCCAUCAUCCAUUAUGUUAUGAAUAACAAUUCAUAUGAUAUGUUACGAAUUUGCGAUUUAAGUAUGAUAUGUCACAAAUUCCAGUUUGAUGUGGCUAACCCUAACAUUAGUUAAGUAGCUAACGUUAACUAGGCUAAGGGUUAGGGUUAGGAGAAGGGUUAGCUAACAUGCUAAGUAGUUGCAAAAAGUAGUAAGUUUAUAUGCCCACCUAUCCACCCCGACCCACCACCCUCCUUUCGUUUUUACCUUAUGUAACCUUACCAAACAUACCAUAUCAUAUUAAUUUGAGUGUACUGGAUUUACGUUGACUAUGUCUAGUCUAUGAAACCAGGCUGGUGUAAUCAAUGGAUUCUAUUACUACUAAAGUAGUCCAGUGUCCGCAUGAUGAAUAAAGAGCA